CCCCCGCCUCUUCUUCCUAUUCGCAAUACAACCUUGGUUUGAAAUUGCGCAAAGCGAGAUGACGCAAAGAGGCUGGCGCUUAGCGCCUAGCGCCAUGGCGCCACAUUGCCAGCGCCUUGUGUACUUGCAACACAAAGGUACAACAAAGCGGCGUUUUUACCGCUUUAGCAAAAUAACAAAAGCGAGGAAAAGCGACGUAAAGCGAGGGUUUUAUGUAAAACGCCUGGCAAUGGGGUCCCUUGGCGAUGAGGUCCUCGCCACAAGGCGCUUAGCGCCAUGGCGCCAAAAACGCUCGCUUUUUCAAACCAAGAAUACAACACACUCAUCGUCAACACUCUCCCUUCCUCCCCAAUCUUUUCAUCACCCGAACACGAGUCCUUGACCAGUGUAUCCGAAUCCACAACUUCACUCACUGUCCACCUCUCACACGUCGAUGCUCUCUCUUCCUUCUCCGACGCAUCUCCUUCAGAGCUCUUCAACCUCCGUCUUCGAAGAGACUCUCUCCGCGUCAAGUCCCUCACCAACCUCGCCGCCGUCUCUACCGGCAAGAAUGUUACCAAAAGAACUACACGCUCACCCGGUGGGUUUAGCGGCGAUGUUAUCUCCGGUCUUUCACAAGGAAGCGGAGAAUAUUUCAUGAGGUUAGGCGUUGGAACUCCGGCGAGUAACGUCUACAUGGUCCUCGACACAGGAAGCGACGUCGUUUGGCUACAAUGCUCUCCAUGCAAAGCAUGUUACAACCAGUCCGACCCGGUGUUCAACCCAGCUAAGUCAAAGACUUUUGCCACCGUCCCAUGUGGUUCUCCUCUCUGUCGGAAACUAGACGAGUCGUCGGAGUGUGUCAGCCGCGGAAGCAAGACAUGUCUCUAUCAAGUCUCCUACGGUGACGGGUCUUUUACCAUGGGAGAUUUCUCAACCGAAACGCUGUCGUUUCACGGCGCACGUGUGGAUCACGUGGCGUUAGGAUGCGGUCACGAUAACGAAGGCUUGUUCGUCGGAGCGGCUGGGCUAUUGGGCCUGGGCCGCGGAGUGUUAUCGUUUCCCUCUCAGACGAAAAACCGUUACAACACUAAAUUCUCUUACUGUUUAGUUGACCGGACGAGUCCCGGUUCCGUUUCCAAACCGCCGUCGACUAUUGUCUUCGGAAACGACUCCGUUCCAGAAACCUCCGUCUUCACGGCGUUAUUGACGAACCCGAAGCUCGACACGUUCUAUUAUCUUCAGCUUCUUGGAAUCAGCGUUGGCGGUUCGCGCGUUCGUGGCGUUUCGGAGUCGCAGUUUAAGCUUGACCCCUCCGGAGACGGCGGAGUGAUUAUAGAUUCCGGUACUUCCGUUACUAGGCUGACUCAACGGGCUUAUGUGGCCUUCAGAGAUGCGUUUAUUCUCGGAGCGACGAGGUUGAAACGUGCUCCGUCGUAUGCUCUGUUCGACACGUGUUUCGAUCUUUCCGGGAUGACGACGGUGAAAGUUCCGACGGUGGUGUUUCAUUUCAGCGGAGGAGAUGUUUCGCUUCCGGCAAGUAAUUAUCUUAUUCCGGUGAAUACUCAAGGACGGUUCUGUUUUGCGUUCGCCGGAACAAUGGGGAGUUUUGUAAUAGUAAAAAGGCUCUUUGUUUAGAAUGCUGAAAACGUACUUUGAUUCAAUGAAAGACAUGGCCUUAAUAUAGCCUUACAAUAACAAGAAAAUAGAAAUGAAAAUGAGACUUGCGCAAGUGAAACAGAGUAACAGAACGUGAGCCGUAUUACUCGGUCAAACAGAACAGAAACAAAAGACUAAAUCAACUUAACUAAUCCAAUGGCUGCAAAGCUCUUAUUCCAUCCAACGAUCACCAUUACUUCAUGACUAAUUUGCUCCAACAAACCCUCCCUAAACUAAACUUGGUGAACCAAGCUUAGCUUAUCUGUUACUGAGCAAAUUCCAAGCUGACUCCUCAAUCUCUCAAACGCCUCCAGCUUCAACGGUUUUGUAAAAAUAUCGGCCACUUGCUCUUCUGAUCCACAAUGCUCCAGUUGUAUUUCUUCAUCCUUUACCAUGUCGCGCAGGAAGUGAAAACGAACCCCUAUGUGCUUGCACCUUCCAUGAAAAACUGGAUUCUUCGAUAGCUUAAUUGUUGAAGUGUUGUCACAGUAUAUGACGGUACUUCCAUCAACAUUGUAGCCUAGCUCUCCCAAAAUCCUUUUGAACCAAAUAGCUUGACAGACACAAACUGAAGCUGCAACAUACUCAGCCUCUGUCGUGGAGAGUGUAACAAUCGGUUGCUUCUUCGAUAACCAUGCCACAGCUGCAUUAUCCAUAAGAAACACAUAGCCAGAUGUGCUUUUCCGGCUGUCAAUGUCGCCGGCAAAGUCACUGUCGGUGUACACCUGUAGCUCUCCAGCUCCUCCUCUCUUGUACCAAAUCCCAUAAUCCAUCGUGCCUCUUAAGUACCUUAGAACUCUCUUGGCAGCCUGAAGAUGCAGUGUUGUAGGUUUAGACAUGUAACGACUCAGUAAACUUACAGCAAACUGCAGGUCUGGCCUUGUCGUAGUGAUAUACAUGAGACUUCCUAUGAUCUGUUUGUAGAAAGUCUCAUCAAUCCUUUCUCCAUUCUCGUCCAAGUCGACCUUGCCUCCAGGCACCAUUGGAUUGCGCACUGCGUUGCAAUCCUCCAUCUCGAAACGCCUCAGAACCUCCAUAGCAUACUUUGCUUGACACAAGUGAAUUCCCUGACUUGUCUGCAAUACUUCUAUGCCUAGAAAGUAUCUCAUCUUUCCAAGAUCAGACAUGUCAAAUUCCCUCUCCAUCGACAUCUUGAACUCUCUCAUCAUCAACAGAUCAUCACCAGUGUAUAUCAAAUCAUCCACAUAUACACUAACGAUGAGAACGUUACCUUGCUUGUUACGUUUGAUGAAAAGAGUUUCUUCAUUCUCUGACUUCUCGAAACCUUCCUUGCCAAAGUACUCCUCGAUUCUACUGAACCAGGCCCGUGGGGCUUGUUUCAACCCAUAUAAGGCUUUACACAGCUUGUAAACCUUCUCUUCUUCACCUUCUACCUCGUACCCUUCAGGUUGUUGAACGUACACAUCCUCUGUGAGUACUCCGUGCAGGAAAGCUGACUUAACAUCGAGCUGAAAGAUGUCCCAUCCUCUCUGAGCUGCAGUAAAGACAAUGGUUCUGAUGGUGUCCAUGCGUGCAACAGGUGCAUAGACUUCAGUGUAGUCGACUCCAUGUUCCUGCGCAUAGCCUUUAGCUACUAAACGAGCUUUGUACUUGCUCACCUCUCCAAGCUCGUUCAGCUUUGUCUUGUAUAUCCACUUUACUCCAAUACACUUUGCUCCACGAGGUAGAUCUGAUAGCACCCAGGUGUGAUUCUUCUCUAUUGAGUCAACCUCUGCAUCCAUCGCUUCUCUCCAAUUGGCACACUUCUGAGCAUCUGCAAAGUUUGAUGGAUCGGAAGAGUUGAGCUGAACCAUGUUUACCUCAUCAUCUUCUUCAUGUUCAGUGACAUAGUCUCUGAGAUAGCUAGGAGGUCUUGUAUGUCUUCUUCCCUCCCUGACUGUUGCUUGUGGCUCUUCUUGAACAUCUUCUGCAACAGUCACUGGUUCUCCAACUUCUUCUUCUCCAUCACUGUCAUUUUCUUCCCACAGUAGAUCAUCAUCAUUCCAUUUCAGCUCAGACUCGAUGUGUUCUUGCUCCUCAUCCCAGUUCCAACCUUUUGUUUCCUCAAAAACAACAUCUCUGCUCACCACUAUCUUCUUAGUGGUUGGAUUGUACAGGCGGUAGCCUUUUGAUUCCUUUGAGAAACCAAACAUCACGCAUGUGUUGCUCUUGUCGUCAAGCUUCCCUCGCUUCUCAUUUGGUACAUGCGCAUGAGCUAGACAACCCCAUACUCUCAAGUGUUCCACGCUUGGCUUAACUCCACUCCAAGCCUCUUGUGGUGUGAUAUUCUUAACCGCAAGAGUAGGACAUCUGUUCAGAAUGUAAAAGGUCCAACUGACAGCUUCUGCCCAAAAGAUUCUUGGUACCUUUCUCAUAGAUAACAUAGAUCUCACCAUGUUCAUCACGGUGCGGUUCUUCCUCUCCGCCACCCCGUUUUGCUGUGGUGUGUAGGCAGUGGUGAGCUGUCUUCUAAUACCGUGUUCCUUGCAGAACUCAGAGAACUCAGUCGAUGUAUACUCCCCUCCGCGAUCUGUCCUCAAGCAUUUGAUGAGCUUCUCUGUUUCAGUCUCCACCUUCCUUUUGAACUCUUUGAAGUAGCUGAAAGCUUCUGACUUCUCCUUCAGAAAGUAUGCCCAAGCCUUCCUGCUGUGAUCGUCUAUGAAACAGAGAACAUAUCUCACACCGCUUGUGGUUACUGGAGUGAUAGGUCCACAUAUGUCAGAGUGUAUCAACUCCAGAACCUCCUUAGCUCUCCAUGAACUCUUCUUAGGAAUGGGGUUUCUUGAUUGCUUGCCUACUAAGCAAUCUGAGCAAGUGAACUUCUGAACGUCAAAACUUGGCAGACCUCUCACCAUUUCUUUGCUCUGUAACAUCUUCAUGCCAGUGUGGCUGAGAUGUCCAUAGCGCUCAUGCCAAAGCUUUGGUGCAUCCUCAGUGAUUGCUUGCAAGCAGCGUUGUUGACCCGUCUCUCCAGUCUGAUCAAACAACAUGAACAUACGGUUGGAACUCAUCUUGCUCACUGCGAUGAGACCCCUCUCCUCAUGAAAGAUCUUGCAAGCUCCCUUCUGUAUGAUGAUUGUCAGCUCCUUCUCUUGCAGCUGUCCGAGGCUCAACAAAUUGUUUUUGAGCUCCGGUAUGUAGUACACACCACUGAUUGUGUAAGCUACAUUAUUCAGUAUCAACUUCACAUUGCCUUUGCCAACAACCUCCAUCUUCUUAUCAUUUCCAAGCUUCACAGUGUGCUUGAAAUCCUCAUCCAUCUGUGAGAACAAGACUCGAUCUCCACUCAUAUGAUUUGAACAGCCAGAGUCAAGAAACCAUGCUCUCUUCCUCAUGCUCUCGUUCUUCCCAGCAUACGUCAUCAACAGCUUCUCUGCAUCUUCCUCAACCUUCACAUCGAUCUCCUCUUCUUCCUCAAUGUACGCCAUUAGAAGCAUCUCCUCCUUCUCAUCAAAGUCGGCAUAGUUUGCUUCUUCAUCCCACAUUGGGCACUCGUUCUGGAAAUGUCCCAGACGGUGACACUUGUAGCACUCCACCGUGCUCUUGUCUCUCCCACGACCUCUUCCUCGGCCUCUCCCAUUGAAGCCUCUUCCUCUUGAUGUCAUGCCUCUUCCACGGUAAGAACCAGCUCCACCAUGAGUCACCUUCAAAGCUUGAUCAUCAACUUUAUCAACCUUUUUGAACUUCUGUUCAUGAACGGUGAGAGAGCUCUGCAGUUCAUCGAGAUGAAUGCUCUCAAUCUCCUUGGACUCCUCAAUGGACACCACCACAUACAUAAACUUCUCGCUAAGAGUCCUAAGAAUCUUCUCCACCACCUUGGAGUCGUUCAUGAUUUCUCCAUUGCUUCUCAUCUGGUUUGUGACCGCUAACACCCUUGUGAAGUACUCUUUCACCGUCUCAGAUUCUCUCAUCUCAAGAACCUCGAAGUCUCUUCUCAGCUUCUGCAGCAAGGACUUCUUCACCCGAUCACUCCCACCAAACUUCCUCUUCAUUGACUCCCAAAUGAUCCUGGAUGUUCUCCUAUCCAAGAUCUGCUCAAAGGUUACCCUAUCGAUGGAUUGAUAGAGGUAGUGCUUCACUUUGUGAUCAUUCUUCUUGGCUUCCUCCAACUGAUGUGUCUGCUCCGCCGUGAGCGCUGUUGAGGAUGAUGACUCCUCGAAUCCGAUCUCAAUCGUAUUCCACAAUCCCUUCGAUCUGAAGAAAUUCUCCAUGACCUCACUCCAAUGAUCCCAGUGGCCAUCAAACUGCGGCAGCUUCAUUUUCUCAUCUCCCAUCUUCACUCUUGUGUUUGAAGCUACGGCUUCUCUCUCUCUCAGUUUUCACACGCUAACGGAGCUCUGAUACCAAUCUGUAAUAGUAAAAAGGCUCUUUGUUUAGAAUGCUGAAAACGUACUUUGAUUCAAUGAAAGACAUGGCCUUAAUAUAGCCUUACAAUAACAAGAAAAUAGAAAUGAAAACGAGACUUGCGCAAGUGAAACAGAGUAACAGAACGUGAGCCGUAUUACUCGGUCAAACAGAACAGAAACAAAAGACUAAAUCAACUUAACUAAUCCAAUGGCUGCAAAGCUCUUAUUCCAUCCAACGAUCACCAUUACUUCAUGACUAAUUUGCUCCAACAAGUUUGUCUAUAAUUGGGAACAUACAGCAACAAGGUUUCCGUGUCGCUUACGACUUAGUCGGGUCACGGGUCGGGUUUAUGUCUGGCGCAUGUUAGAUUUUGUGUCUGACUUGACUGAUAUAUUAUUCCAAAAGCACAAAUUAAAAAUAAGCAAUUUAUCCAUAUUUGUCAUCA